GGCCGCACCUGAAGGCUCAGAAAGGCGGGUGAGGUGUAGUGAGUGACAGACCUGGUUUGGGCGGUGGGGGGAAGACGUCAGGAGCGAUGCUGGGAUCACAGUAAUGGAAGGGGCUGGGCUAGCCACGUGACUGCAAGGAGGCGGAGAUAGGAAAGCUGGAGCUCAGACUGGCAGGCGCGGGAGGGGUGCGGAGGGGUUUCGAUCUGAAUAAUUCAGGAGCGAUUCGGCAGCAGCCCUUGCCUCCAGCCUUCUUUUACCACCACCACCGCCCCCAUCUCUGUAAGUGCAGACCGCCGGCCAUCAGCAUCCAGGACAUCACCUCCAGCCCUUCUGACAUUCAUGCCAAAGACAAGGCUGCUGUGGGUCCCACUGGGCCUUUCGUAAGAGGACAAGCACUCGUUGCCCCAUGAGUUCCAGGAUCAUCCACUAAGGCUUCUGCGCUCCUUUUCUACCAUAAAACCUUCAGUGAAACCCUACUGUUCAAGAUGAGUGGCUUUCUGGCCUCCCUGGACCCCCGGCGGGUGCAGUGGGGGGCUGCCUGGUACGCAAUGCAUUCUCGGAUCCUGCGCACCAAGCCCGUGGAGUCCAUGCUGGAGGGAACUGGGACCACCACAGCGCAUGGCACCAAGCUAGCCCAGGUGCUCACCACUGUGGACCUCAUCUCUCUUGGAGUUGGCAGCUGUGUGGGCACUGGCAUGUAUGUGGUAUCUGGCCUGGUGGCCAAGGAAAUGGCAGGACCCGGCGUCAUCGUGUCCUUCAUCAUUGCCGCUGUCGCAUCUAUAUUAUCAGGUGUGUGCUAUGCAGAGUUUGGGGUCCGAGUGCCCAAGACCACAGGAUCUGCCUACACCUACAGCUAUGUCACUGUUGGGGAGUUUGUGGCAUUUUUCAUCGGCUGGAACCUGAUCCUGGAAUACCUGAUCGGCACUGCGGCUGGCGCCAGCGCUCUGAGCAGCAUGUUCGACUCCCUGGCCAACCACAGCAUCAGCCGCUGGAUGGUGGACACAGUGGGAACCCUCAACGGCCUGGGGAAAGGGGAGGAGUCCUACCCAGACCUUCUGGCUCUGGUGAUCGCGGUCCUGGUGACCAUCGUUGUGGCUCUGGGAGUGAAGAAUUCCGUGGGCUUCAACAACGUCCUCAACGUGCUGAACCUGGCAGUGUGGGUGUUCAUCAUGAUCGCAGGCCUCUUCUUCAUCAAUGGCAAUUACUGGGCAGAGGGCCAGUUCCUGCCCCACGGCUGGUCAGGGGUGCUGCAAGGGGCAGCCACAUGUUUCUACGCGUUCAUUGGCUUUGACAUUAUCGCCACCACCGGGGAGGAAGCCAAGAACCCCAACACAUCCAUCCCUUAUGCUAUCACUGCGUCCCUGGUCAUCUGCCUCACGGCGUAUGUGUCUGUGAGCAUAAUCUUAACUCUGAUGGUGCCAUAUUACGCCAUUGACACGGAGUCCCCUCUCAUGGAGAUGUUCGUGGCCCAUGGCUUCUACGCUGCAAAGUUUGUGGUGGCCAUUGGGUCGGUGGCAGGCCUGACAGUCAGCUUGCUGGGCUCCCUCUUCCCCAUGCCCAGGGUCAUUUAUGCCAUGGCUGGUGAUGGGCUGCUUUUCAGGUUCCUGGCUCACGUGAGCUCUUACACAGAGACCCCAGUGGUGGCUUGCAUCGUAUCAGGGUUCCUGGCAGCUCUGCUCUCCCUGCUGGUCAGCCUGAGGGACCUCAUUGAGAUGAUGUCCAUCGGCACGCUCCUCGCCUACACCUUGGUCUCUGUUUGUGUCCUGCUUCUCCGAUACCAGCCCGAGAGUGACAUCGAUGGCUUUGUCAAGUUCCUGUCUGAGGAGCACACCAAGAAGAAGGAAGGCAUCCUGGCUGACUGUGAGAAGGAAACGUGUUCUCCUGUGAGCGAGGGGGAGGAGUUUUCCAGCCCAGCCACCAACACCUGUGGGGCCAAGAACCUGCCGUCCUUGGGAGACAACGAGAUGCUCAUAGGGAAAUCAGAGAAGGCCACCUACAGCGUCAACCACCCCAACUACGGCACCGUGGACAUGAGCACGGGCAUAGAAGCCGACGAGUCAGAAAACAUCUAUCUCAUCAAGCUGAAGAAGCUGAUCGGACCCCGUUAUUACACCAUGAGGAUCCGGCUGGGCCUUCCCGGCAAAAUGGACCGGCCCACGGCGGCGACAGGGCACACGGUGACGAUCUGCGUGCUCCUGCUCUUCAUCCUCAUGUUCAUCUUCUGCUCCUUCAUCAUCUUUGGCUCCGACUACAUCUCGGGCCGGAGCUGGUGGGCCAUCCUUCUGGUUGUUCUGAUGGUGCUGCUGAUCAGUGUGCUGGUGUUUGUAAUCCUGCAGCAGCCAGAGAACCCCAAGAAGCUGCCGUACAUGGCCCCCUGCCUGCCCUUUGUGCCUGCCUUUGCCAUGUUGGUGAAUAUCUAUCUCAUGCUAAAGCUCUCCACCAUCACAUGGAUCCGGUUUGCGGUCUGGUGCUUUGUGGGUAUGCUCAUUUAUUUUGGGUACGGCAUCUGGAACAGCACCUUGGAAAUCAGCGCCCGGGAACAGGCCCUGCACCAAAGCACGUACCAGCGCUAUGAUGUGGACGACCCCUUUUCCGUGGAGGAAGGGUUCUCCUACGCCACCGAGGGCGAGAGCCAGGAGGACUGGGGUGGGCCAGCUGAGGACAAAGGCUUCUAUUACCAACAGAUGUCAGAUGCGAAGGCAAACAGCCGGACGAGUAGCAAAGCAAAAAGUAAAAGCAAACACAAACAGAACUCAGAGGCCCUGAUUGCAAAUGAUGAGUUAGAUUGCUCUCCGGAGUAAGGCUAAACAAGGGAGCCUAGAAAGGGUGGUUUCUCAGUAAAUCAGCCUGUGUGCUAGACGGUGGAAACUUCUUCCGACUCUCAUUUCACAAACCCAGCCUUCCCCAAGGUCCAUCCCCAGGCAUAACCUGUCAUUUGCUAUUUUUGCUGUUCAGGGGAAUUCUGUUGAAGGGUUUUACCCAGGGCCCUUUAACCGGCCCUCUUAAAAAAAAAAAAAAAAAAUCACAAUCAAGAGACUAUAUGAAAUUCUAUGUUAGCGAGACGCCCCAGCCCAGCCUUUGGCAGCAAAUGUUUGCUUUGCUGGAUGGCUCUUUGUGCGUCUGACUUAGACGGGAGGAAGCUUCCUCCAACUCUGCUGAGACUACAGGCCCUCCAAGGGAAGCCGCAAAGGUGGUUGUGGGUGCAAGGCAGCUGUCCAUCUGCCCCGAGGUCAGUAGGUCAGACUGUGUGUCCUUACAUCUCACCUCCCGGAAAACUAACCGCGGAGGAAACCGGGCCUCCUCCUAAACUCACCAAAGUUCUUACCGUUUCCAAACUCUAAUUUUAGGAUCCAGAAAAGACAGGGGACUCUGAGACCAUAUCCCCCAUAAAGCAACCAUGCAGAUACGAUAGUAUAGUAAGAGGCACAUCAAAGCUCAAGAAAAAAAUAACAAAUAAAGGCUUAACUAGCCAUCUCUUGCAGAGGUCAGAAAGGCAUUGGCAGAAAGGAACUGUCUGUCAUGCAUUCCCUUAUACCAGCCUCUAAGCUCCUGCUGAUAUGGUGAAAGAGCAGUGUGAUUCCAUGCCUCUGAUAUGCCUGGAAGAAGCAGGCUAUUUGUUUUAUAAUCAGAUAAAAAUCUUUGCAAGAAGAGGUAACCCAGCCACUGAGAUCACAUUGCAAAUCCUACUUCAUAUUUCUAAAAUUAUCAAAUCUGCAGGAUUUUUUUUUUUUUAAGUUAGGCAACUAGUGCUGCUUUGAAAACCGAGCUGUGAAAGGCCGGGCACUUAGGCCAUCAAGCUGAGAGAGAGCCCAUUCCCCCCUGGUCCUCACUCCUCUGGAAUAGCUCCCUUUAUAGUACUUUUCCUGUUAUUUCCCAAAUCCUGAGGCCCAGAGAAAUACUACCUGGUGAGGUUUAAGUAUAGGCCACCAAAGGGAUUCUUAAAAGAAUUUGCUCCAAAACAGGAUAGAUGAAUUUGAAACAGGAACAUGUGAGUUGUAUCUCCCUCCCCUGGGAGCCGCUCAUUCCAUAGCUUCAGUGGCAUGUGUAGACAUGCAUGUGAUGACAGUUUUCCUCAUACGAAGGUUUCUGUGAGAAUUUCCUAGAAGUAGGGCAAAACAAGGAAACUUCCUGCCCUCUUUUUUCCUCAAUUCACCAUCAGCCAAAAAAAGAAUUCUCCUGAGUACCAACUUACAUUCACGUCUUUUCUUUCUGUAAGUCUGAAGCUCAUGCUUACUUGGCAUGUACUAGAAUGACAGAGAGAAGGUAUGCUUCCCAGGGAGCGAGCUCACUGAACCAUACCAAUGGCUAAGUGGUGGGCACGAGGAGACCCGAAACUUCCGCCCUUGGAGCAUUGGCGCCCCAUGACCAAUGCAAGAGGCUUCAGCAUAACAGAUAAAGAUCCGCUGGAACUAUUGUUUGAGACAAUGCUUUUCAACCAAUCGCAUUCCGUGCUCCUAGCCAGUGUAUGCUGUGGCAUCCAAAUAAUUACAUUUUUAGAUCUUGUCCUUAUUGCUUAUGUAGAACCCUGGCUUCCAGCACUCAUUGUAUCAUUUUUAUGUGAUGUCUGACAAAACUGUGUUUCCUCUUGCCUAAACUUAACCAUCACGGUGUAGUGCCUGGCCUGUAACAAUCCACCCUGGAGAAUUCCCUGUAAAAUAUUUAUGAGUCGUGUUUGUUAAAACUUAAGUUUUAAAGUGGCUUAGGAUGCAAGAAGUCUGCCUGGUUCAAUAGCAUCCUUUCAGCUGGAGCCGCAUUUGUUAGACGGAGUGAGGUUCUCUUCCUUAGAUAUGUUUAGGAAAUACGGAUACAAAGUGACAAUUCGUAAUGUGGGUGGAAAGUUUCCUGUUACUGGUGGUGAUUAGUAGCAAUGGUCUGGUGGCAGGUGUGUGCGGUUUCUGUAGAAGAAAGAGCGCUUUACGGACUUUAUGAAUGCUGCUGGUGUUGAUUCUGUGACAAGCCGUGAAUUAGUCUCAUUUCAGAAGCUGUUUUUCUCAAUUAGUAGCUUUGGAUGUGUUUAAGCUUUGCUCUCUUCACUUUCUAAAAUUGUUUGGGUCAUCUUCUUAGCUAUCUUGUUCUUCUAAAAAAAUGUGAUUUGGAAAGUUUUCUCAGGUACAUAAGCAUGUUUUUAUCAUGUUUCUUAGCUCCUAUGAAAGAGUUCCAGGUUUCACAAGGCAGUUUUCCAAUACCAUCAACCACUCAAAUGAAAAUGUUAGGGUUUUCCUAACAUAGCUGAGCACUGUAUUUGUGAGACUGCAUUAAAAUAAGAUCGUUUUAUAAAUAUUUAUCUUAGGAAAGCUCUUCUUGGUGGGGGGCUUCAGUGUGUGUGGAGCCAAUUAUUUAAUGUUUUUUCUAUUCUACUUAUUUACCAAUAUGCUGCAACGUUUCAGAAAGAGUGGAGGCAGCUACUCAAACACCUGAGCUCCGAAACAAAAGGGAAGAGCACAGUCAAAACAGAGGAAGAAAGGGAGGCACGAAGGCAGAGUGUGUGUGGUGCACACGUGCAGAGCUCUCAAGGCUUUGCUAAGUUCUCCAGUGCAGGGUGUCUUAGAAAAUAACAGACUUGUCAAUAUUGAAUGAUAACCAUUACUGCUAUGUGAUUAAAAAUAAGCCUUCUCCCCACCCCAGCCCCAUGAGGGCAGCGUGUUUAAAAAGCACAGACCACGUAAGUCCACAGAGAAGCUUCAAACCUACAUUACACAGCUAUCAAGAAAUAUCUGUCAGGCCGUGGUGGCACACACCUCUAGUCCCAGCACUUGGAGGCAGAGGGCAGGCAGAUCUCUGAGGUCAAGGCCAGCCUGGUUUUUAGAGCAAGUUCUAGGACAGGUAGAGCUACACAGAAAAAUCCCAUCUUGAAAGACAGGGAAAAAAAGAAAUAUCUUAUGAUUGGUUACAUGGAAAAACUGAGCACAUGAAUGAAAUGGAAGGAAAUAAACUAUUUAGCAGUUAGUCCUAGAGUGCCCAUUGUGUGUUAUGGCAUAUUCUGAUGCCAUAACUGAAAGGCUUGGCUCUUAAGAAAUUAGGUCUAUAGGGCCGGCCAGGCAGCUCGGAGGGUCAAAGGCUUCCUAGCUUCAGUCUGAUCCUUGGAGCCUGCACAAAUAUGAAGGACAGAAGGGACUCCCACAAUUGUUCUCUGACCUCCACAUGGGUGUUCUGGAACGUAUGUUAAUGCACACAGACACACACACACACACACACACACACACCAUGCAGUAAUCCUAAACAAAAUUCUUUGAAGAAAUUGAAUAUAUUUAAAACAGUAUUCAAGAUGGCAGACGAGAUGAAGAUGAAAACACGCUUUUCGGGUUCAAAUGUGGAAAGGCCCUCCACACAAAAAUCAGAGAAAACAGUGUCCACCUGCAGCCUGUGAAAGUAGCAGAGUCUUAACGAGGUAGACAUGGAACUGGACUCCGAAGACGCAGACUGACUGAGCGCUGCCCUUGAGUACUCCGUUCUUUGCCUUCCUCCAGGAGAAGGAAGGAGCUGGUUUGACUGGAGCUAUAAUUUACGUGUGAGUCACAUGUGACACAGUAAGAAUAGUGCCAGGACUCCAAUGACAAGCCCACAAGUUCUCCGUGGGUGGGGAGUGCCUGGGGAGUGACUCAGGCAAGGUUGGAGUUGAGAAAAACUGGGCGCUGGCAUCAUUGCCCAGGCGAAAAGCGAACAGGUCACGUACAAAUUCAGAGUUCAUUUAACAUGGUAAUGAAAAAACUUCGUACAGUUUUUAGUAAUUCCUUUCCAUGACCAAAUCUAACAACGGCUUAUAUCCUCUAAUCUAGAUAGUAAGAUUUCCCCUCCUGGUUUGACUCGGGUUGAGGAUGAGGCUGCUCUAAACUAGAGGGAGAAGCUGAGUGUUGGAAUUACGCAAAGAAUCCGGUCUGCCUCUUAGUAAGAGGAAAUCCUGUGCCUCAGUACUGGUCAUCAUGCUAAAAUUCAGUCGUUAUUAGUAAAUAAGACUCAGAGAAAUGUCUACACUGCUGGGAAGGCUUGAGAAAUUUAACACCCUUUAAAUCAGGAUUGUUGGAAACCACAUUACCAGAGAGUCCCUCUUCUAAAUAUAUAGAAUCAUAAAUAGAAUUUCCAUCUGUCUUAGAUAGUAGGAGAAAUCAAGGUCCUGUUUGCCACUGUUUUUACCAUGGGUUUGCCUAACUUUACGUCUCAUGUUAAAAUGUUCUGUGCUAUAAAGUCAAAAGUCAGGAAACAAGCUGAAGCCAGAGCUGGAUCAGUUCCUGGGGGGCGUGGUCCACUCUUGGCCUCCAGCCUCCACACAGGGAGUGGGCCAGAGAGCGCCUUCUAUUUCCUAUGGAGAGGACCGAGGAGAGGGAGAGGGAGGAAAAGGUACCCUGCCAGGGUUCUGGGACUUCCCUCCACUCUCACACCUGUUUCAAAAAGACCUGUGAAGACAGGUGUUUCCAAAGCGUUUUUCCGAAGCCGCUGCAGCCCCAUUCCCCGGUACUUCUUUAAUGCCGGUUAUUUGUUUAUCCACAGAGAAGCCCUUUGGAGACUCUCUAGCCAGCAGUUAAUCAGCAGUGGCCUGACCAUGAAAGGGGCCACAGUUUCGUUAACAUUAGUUCAGGCUAGAAACAGCAUCCCAACUACAGACACCACUCCCAGAGCUGCAUUUUUAGUUAGAAUGCUGACAGGCAGUAAAAAGUGCCUGCCAGUCCCACAUCCUGCUUCCCUUUCUCUAAGACUUUAGAGCAGAGACCAUCUCGUUUGCUUUUGCUUUCUGUUUCCUCAAAAGCAAGUUCCUUUCGGAAAUGCUUUCCCAAUCGCACCGCGCCUCUCACUCUUCUUCAGCAGCUCACGAAUCAUUCUGAAACACGUAGGCACAUGCCUUUUGCCAAAAUUACUGCCCCCAGAAAUAUAGAGCGUGAAGCUGGCAAAAUGGCUCACUGGUGUAAGUACUUGGCGGUCUUCCAGAGGACCUGAGUUUGGUUCCCAGCAUUCACAUGACAGCUCACAGCCACCUGUAACUCCAGCUCCAGGCCCAACACUCUCUCCUGUCCUUCUCCAGCACUGAACCCGGGCACAUGCUCACACACAGCCACAUACACAUAAUUUUAUUUUUAAAUAAAAAUACUUCUUUGAAGAAGAAUGGGAUGUCCUUUUUUUCCUGUUUAGGGCUGAAAGCCCCAAAAGGAUCAGUGGAAGCCCAUCAGAAAUGCAGACAUAUUCUGCCAUAUCAGCUAGAAUCGUGUUGAAAUCACUCAGCAGCACUCUGCGUGCAUGGAAUCACACAGCCCAACAGAGACUUCCGUAGAGACACCUAGGUUGGAAGUCUCCUGACCACAGGUGGCUCUGAUCUCUCACUCCUUAAGAACAUUUAGUGCAUGUAGGUUCCCCUAAGGAAGAAAAACAGCAGUCUGUUAGAACUUAGGGAACGGGUGGCCUGGAUUUUACGUUGCGAUCUUCCUCUGCUCUCUCGUUUCUGUUCAGCUUUCCUGAUGUUAACACUGGUGGUACUGGCUCGAGGAAACUGGGCCAUGAGGACUUUGUCUUAAGUGUAGACUCUAAAGGGCUGUGUUCAUUCUGGGGCUGGGAUGAUGUCCCGGUCUGUGGACACAGACUGAGCACCCAUGGCAAUGGCUGAUGCACACGGCAGUGGUCUUGUUCACAGUCAUAAAUUUACACUGGAAAUCGUAAGCGCCCACUCUCCAAAGCAGAGACACUGUUAAUGUUAUAAAAGCACCUAAAUACCUCAUCUAUCCGGGCUGAGAGAAGGAGCUGCAGGCUUCUGAGAGAGCGGCUGAUACCCUCCUUCCACGUAGUCACAACCACCAGGACCCCACAUCCUAGUUUUUCUCACUGUGGAAAAGUAACACAACCAUUCAAUUCACAUCCCAAAGUUACAAAUGCAACCUGUAAAUUCCAUGAACUCGUUUUGGUUUUGUUUGGUCCUUAAAAAGUACAGCUUGCACUUGCAGAUGGUAAUUUCUGGUGUGUCCUCUGCUACUUUCUUUUUCUGUAUGGAAAUGCUGUAUUGUUAACGCGUGUUUGUUUUGUGGUUUUUUUUUUUUAAUUCCCAUUGGUGCACUGUACAAUGGGGUGUUGUAAUGUACCAUGAAGAACGAGAUGGUAUGCAGAUGUACUAUAAGUGUGUUUUAUUUUCAAAUGACCGUGGUGUUGACAAUAUUUUGAUUCAUCAAAAUACUAAGGGAAAGUUAUAAAUUUACCAAAAUGUGUAUAUUUUAAUAAAUGCAUAAAGCUUUA